AUGAAAUUUAGAUAAAAAGCAUAAUGUACCUAAUCUCUUCCUAAGAUUCCUGUAUAAAAGUAAUGUCGUUACUUAACUCAAAAAGAAGAUGAAGAGGAUUUAGAUUUCAGUUUUGAAAUAAGUCCUGUCAAUUUGGUAACAACAAAAUAGGAUUUUUAUAAAUUACACAAAACAACAGAGAGAUAGUAAGAGUAAAACAAAAUGUAUAAUCGAAAUGAUAAUUUGAUGACUACUUUAUCUUCUUCUUAAUUACCACCAGGAAGUUUUGGAUUAUUUAAUAGGCAGAAGAAUGAUGCUUUACAUUUAAAGUAUAAUUGAAUUAUCAAUAGCCAUAUGAAGUAUGGAGAUAAGUAUAUGAUAAUGUUAGCAAGAGGAUUACAGAAAUAAAAUGAUAUAAAGGAAUUCAAUUUAAAUGAUAAUAGGAUGACUUAGUUGAGUUCAUCAGAAGUAAUUAAGAGUACUAGAGGAGCUACAUCAUUAAGUUUAUCAAAGAAUAAGAUUGGGAAUGGAUGUUUAGAGAUUGGUAAUUCAUUAGUGAAUAGAGAUUGUAAAAUAUAAUUAUUGAAUUUGGAAGAUAACAAAUUAUAAGAGAGUCUUAUAAUAGAUAUAUUAGAUAGAAUUGCAUAUAAUCGAUCAUUAAAAAUAGUAAAUUUGAGUAAGAAUAAUAUAUCAAAUAAUUGUGUGAAUGCUCUCUCAAAUAUGUUAAUAACUAAUGAAGAUAUUGCUGAAUUGUAUCUUCAUUUUAAUAAAUUAAAUGGUAUUGCAGCUGUUUAAAUAUUCAACAAUAUGCAUAAAUCAAAUCUAAAAGUCUUAGAUUUAUCAUAAAAUUCUUUAGGAAUAGGAUAUGAUUGGUCUUAAAGUUUUAAUAAGAUGGUUUAAUUGAAUAAGGAAUUAAUUCAUUUUGAUCUAUCCUUUAAUAAAAUAGAUUAUCAAAUUACAUGUUAAAUAGCUGAAGGAUUAAAGAAGAAUAAAAGUAUAUUAGGAUUUCAUUAUACAGGAAAUUGUGGAUAUGUUGAUCCAAAGGGUUUUUUGAUACCAAUUUAAAAAGGAAUUGUAGAAUAGACAUAACAUUAAAUUGCAUAAAGAAUAUAAGGAUGUUAAUACAUAAAAUAAAAGAGAUUAAGAUCAUAUAGAGACAGUAAUAUAAAAGAUUGUUGUUGGAUUUGUGAAGGUUGGAGAUAGAUAGAAUUUUAAUGGAAUCCAUAAACAUCAGGACCUGCUAAUGAUCCUAUGUUCUUACAUUUAUCUUAUUUAAAUUAUGAUGAUUUAUAUAUGGGUAAGGUUGAAUCUGGAUUAAGAGUUUAAAGAAUGGUACCUCCAGGAUUGAGUUAUUAUUUUUUUACAAAUGAUAAUAUGUAAUGUGUUGCAAAGGAUUAAUUACAUAAGAGAUGGCCUUUACCUUUAAAUAAAGUAAAAGUGUAAGAUAAAGAAAUUGAUGUGAAAUUACAUUAAUUAAAUUAUAUGAAUGUUUUAGGAACAUAAAUCAUAGAUAAAUAUUAUAUGCCUAUAAUAAAUGUUUAACCAAGAUAAGAAGAUCUACUUUAUAUACCUGAGAGAGUAGAUAAUCGUAUAUUAUGGACAUUUCCAAUAUCAUUAUUUAAAGAUUGGAAAAGAGAUAAUGAAGAAUUGAUAGAGAAAUGUUUCAUAAGUGAUUGGAAUCAAAGUAGAAUUACUAAGUUAAUAAAAGAUGAUAAUGAUAGAAAUGCAUGUUAUAAUUUUUUAUUGUCUAAUUAUUAAUAGAUAAAAGAUACUUAUAAGUAAAAGAUAUUUGAAAUUUAGACACUAUGCAUGUUUGUCACCAAUAGGAGAUAUAUGGGCCAUAUCAUCAUUAAUAAAUCUAUAAUUAUUAAGUGCAGUAAGAAUGACAGAACCUAGUGAAAAAGGUAUUAUUAAAUAAUAGGAUAUGGAAUUAAAAUAUUUGGCUACAAUAUCAGGAACAGAAAAAGGAAAUUAUAGAAAACCAGAAAGAGGAAUGGUAAGAUUUUAAUUUUUAGAAAUGUUUGUAAGAAUAGCAGAAGAUAAAUAUAUAAAGAAUGGAAUAGCUAAAUCAUUUGAAGAAGCAUUAUAAUGGAUGUGGAAUGAUCAUUUAAAAGAAGAAUUUAAUAAAUAUAAUACUUAAAUAUUUAGAGAUACUAAAUUUUGGAAUGAAUAAUGUGAUCUUUGUAUGAAACAUUAUAAAACUAUUCUCGAUAGUAUUUAUAUUAGAUAUAGUGUAAAGAAAGUUAAACCUGGUUAAAAACCAUUUAUGAGUUUAUAAGAAUUAUAAGAAAUGUGUGCUCAUAUUGGAUUAAAUUAAAUUGAAACAUUUGGACCUAAUAUUCCUUUAUUUGCAUUUAAUAAAGCUAUGAUGACUUAAAUAGAUGAACUAAAUUCAGAUAGAAUAUUUUAAAUGAGUUUUGUUGAAUUCUUAGAAGCUUUUGCAAGAAUAGCUGAAGAUAUAGAUAUUCGAUAAAUUGGAUUACAUUUAAAAAUAGAAUAAUUAAUAUGGAAAUGUUAUGUAUUAUUUUCAGAUUUAUAUGCUUUACCAAUUUAAAGUUAUUUUUAAGAAGAAUGGGAUUAAAUAAAUAAAUAAUAGAAUAAUAAUAAUAAGUAAAUAAUAGAUGAUGAUAUAGAUGAUUUUAAUUGA